AUGACGACUGACAAAAGUAUUACUCACCCCAUUACGUGGAAACAAGUUAACGACUAUGUUUCAAAAAACGAGCUUUAUAAUUUAAGGAGAUCCCCAGAACAAACUUUGAAAUAUCAUAAACAUAGGGAUUCACUGAAAGGAAUUAAUGUAACCGAGUUUAUAUUACAAAAGCUGCAUUGGAAUCUGGAUGAAUUAGAGAACUUGAACUCAAUCAAAUUCAAGACCGACGAUGAAAAGACCAAAGCUUGUUUCUCUAAUAGUUCAUUGUACCAAGUUACCUUGAAUGAUUUCCCAUAUUUUUUCGAACCGAAUGUUGUUCAUUUAUUAGUUUGGUCUAAGAUUAGAAUACCAAUGUAUAAAAAUGAUGAAACAGAGAAACAUGAAGAAGUUGAUCAUAUUCCAGAAGUAAAUGGGACUAUGAAAAAUAACGUUGAGACAUUUUUAGAAGGUAUACUCACUGAUAAAUACCAUAUUAGUAAAGAUAACUAUUGUUGGUUUAUGAACUAUACUAAAUUACAAAGUAUUAGAAGCAUAUCUCAUUUACAUGUUCUAAUUAGAUUGGAGGAUAUUAAAGAUGAGCAUGAUAAGAACGUCUUUGUGGAAAAUUUAAUGAACAAUUUCAAAUAA